AUGACUAAAGUAAUUGAAAUCGUCCUGGUCCUCUUUUUAAUUAAGUUUUGCGACCUAUCGAAAGUGGCAACAUUUUUAGCAGAUUUUGUUAACAAGCAAGGAUGCCCCGCCCACCUGCAUCUGCUUUCGUGCAUGAGCAAAGCCGGCAGUGUAGAAUUGGCAAACUUUAUAGGGCGAACCAAUAUGGCCAUGGCGUUUUUGAAAAACGGGUUUGAUUUGGGGUCAAAUCGCGAAAUGGCUACCUUCGUGAUGUACCCGAAUUGUAGCGGAUUUGGAAACGUUAUGAAAGCAGCCCAAAAUAUUGGACUGUUUAAUUCUUCUUUCUGUUGGAUUAUGUUCGCCGCAGAGUACGAGGUCGCAGGAUAUUUUUUCGGCUCCCAUAGUAAAAUUUUCUUAGUGAGCGAAACGCCACGCGGCUACAACGUAACUGCCAUUUUCAAACAUACUCCUCAUUCUACUGACUUUCUGAUAAACCGCGUCGGCCUUUGGACGUUCGAAUGCGGUUUUCAAGAUUUUCGAAAACUGACUUUCCCCGCAACCAGAAUCGAUCUCCAAGGACGCAAGCUCCGAGGGGCUUACUAUUUUUCAGACACCAAAAGUCUGGACCAUUUACACGACGAUAGGUUCAUUGAAUUUUAUACCGACCACGUGACGAAAGUCAACCAUAUCUUAUUGGUGAUCCUUACGGACUACCUCAACGCCACUUACGUUCCGCUAUACACUUCCCGUAUUUCGCAAUGGUCAUUGUUUUUCCACCUUAAUAAUGGAGACGCAGAUAUUUCAGGCAUGUCUACCGUCAUGACCGAAAGCAACUGGAACGAGCUGAAAUUCGUAGGACCGACAGCCAAAGACGAAGUCUCGUUGAUUUUAAAAACGCCAGCUCUGUCGACCAUGCGAAAUAUAUACUCGAUGCCGCUGAGCGACGCUUCCUGGUACUGCCUGGCGGCCAUUUUGGGCGUCGCCACCAUCAAUUUGUACUGCAUCGCGGUGUCGCAAAAACGUUUGGCCAUGGCUGACGGCAGUGUGCUCAUGUAUGGGGCCGAAUCGUGGACGCUGACCGAAACCAUGUGCAGAAGACUGGAGGCUUUCGAAAUGUGGACAUACAGACGCAUGCUGCGAGUCUCGUCGAAUCUGACCUUAUCAGACGUGAUAAUGUUCCAACUGUCGGCCUUAUUCUCGAAAAGUUUCGACAAAGAGUUCGAAAACGUUUCCGGAAAAAUCGCCUCCGGAUUCUUAUAUGUCACUUUGAUGAUCAUCAGCGUGUUCUAUUCCGCUAGUAUAGUGGUAUUCCUGCAGGCGACCAAAGAAGUCAACGACAUUAGCACGCUAGCACGUUUGGAUAUAAAACAGAGCACGUUUGAUGAUGCGGUCGACAACACUCGACUCGCUAUGCCGAAACGUUUUCUCGGCGAUUCGGAAAGGGAGGGGAUAAGACGGGUACGAGAUGGCGGUUUUGCCUACAAAACGCGUGCAUCGUUGGCGUACUAUUUGAUCCAAAAGUCGUUCGAGGAGUACGAAAAGUGCUCGAUAACAGCGAUCGACACGUCUCCUUACAGGAACGAACCUUAUUUGCCGGUUCCCAGGAAUUCCUGCUUAAUGGAACAUUUCCAAGUGGGUUUCAGAAGAAUGUUCGAGCAUGGCCUUCAUAGACGAGAGUACGACAGGUUCUUCACCAAAAAGCCGAAAUGUCGCGAACACGUCAUCAGCAAUUACAGCGGUACCGGUAUUACGGAAACGUCGUUCAUAUUCGUCGCGUACAUUUUGGGAGCCAGUUUCAGCGUAUGUUUGUUCGUAAUCGAGAAAUUAAUACGUUAUUACAAGGAAAACAUGAACGACGAUGUCAUUAAACCAUUUGUGGAAUAA